GCGCAGCUCAGAGGCAGAAGCUGACUGCUGCAGUGUUUGCACGGGUUCUGUUAGGAGCGCAUGCUGGGUCUGGACCAGGACCCGCACAGGACAUCUGGAUUCUCCUUCUGCAGCUGCUCUUGCUGGCCACCGGAAGGGUUGUGGGGAGGAAAUCAACCUGCUGUUUGUCCAGUCACACAAGGUUCACAAACUUCAGCAUGCAGGAAGUUUGGAGAGAACUCGGAGACUAGCACAGCCUGCGGCGCCCGCGGAUUAUCUACAGUGGCGCGACUGCAAGACAGGCAGCCGUGAGGUGCAGGACUCCCUUGGUGGGGAAGCCCAGGUUUUUCUUGGAGCAGCGUGGGCCUAGGGACGCGAAUCCCGAUGUACCGUCUCAUCCUCUUGUACACUGUAGUGUGCGCAAACUUUUGUAGCUAUCGGGACGCUUUGGCGAUUCCCCAAAGCGGAUCUAUUAAAGCCUUGCGCUCUUCUAAUCUCAGGCGAGAUGCCGGCAAUCACCUCACAGACUUGUAUCGAAAAGAAGAGAUAAUCCAGGUGAUGGGAAAUGGCAUCGUACAGAGUCCUCGAUUCCCUAACAGCUACCCCAGGAAUCUGCUACUCACAUGGAGGCUACACUCCCAGGAAAAAACCAGGAUACAACUGGCUUUUGAUAAUCAGUUUGGAUUGGAGGAACCAGAAAAUGAUAUAUGCAGGUAUGACUUUGUGGAGGUUGAAGAUGUAUCUGAAACCAGUACCGUUAUAAGAGGACGGUGGUGUGGACAAAAGGAAGUCCCCCCAAGGAUAACUUCAAGAACAAACCAAAUAAAGAUAACCUUCAAAUCUGAUGACUAUUUUGUGGCUAAACCAGGAUUCAAGAUUUAUUAUUCUCUUGUGGAUGAUUUCCAACCCCCAGCAGCCUCAGAGACCAACUGGGAGUCAGUCACAAGCUCCCUCUCAGGGGUAUCCUAUCACUCUCCAUCAGUGACCGAUCCCACGCUCACAGCAGAUGCUCUCGAUCAGACAGUAGCUGGAUUUGACACCGUGGAAGACCUGCUCAAGCACUUUAAUCCAGAAACCUGGCAGGAAGAUCUUGAAAAUCUGUAUAUGGAUACCCCUCAAUAUCGAGGCAGGUCUUACUAUGACAGGAAAUCCAAAGUGGACCUGGACCGGCUGAAUGAUGAUGUCAAACGCUACAGUUGCACCCCAAGGAACUACUCUGUCAAUUUGAGAGAGGAGCUCAGGUUGACCAAUGUCGUUUUCUUUCCACGAUGCCUUCUCGUCCAGCGCUGUGGUGGGAACUGUGGCUGUGGAUCUAACAACUGGAAAUCCUGCACCUGCACUUCAGGGAAGACUGUGAAAAAGUACCAUGAGGUGCUGAAAUUUGAACCUGGCCAUUUCAAGAGGAAGGGGAAAACUAAGAACAUGGCUCUUAUUGAUAUUCAACUGGAUCAUCACGAGCGCUGUGAUUGUAUAUGUAGCUCACGGCCACCUCGAUAAAAAUCAAUGAACAUGCUCAUUUUAAGCGUGAAAGACCUUUUCAUUUUUAAGAAGGGUGAUGUAAGAGAACCUUCUCCCAUGGGCACCAGGACUUUGCUACUAGCCUGCAUUGCAAUGAGUAAAACCAAUGGCUGAGUUUCAGCAUAGCUUUGCUAGUGCCACGGCAGCUAGAUACGUGUAUCAUAGACUUCUGUAUCCAAAAAUUUAGGACUAAGUUUAGUAGUAGUAUAUGAGAUAAGGUCAUCAUAAAUACACAUAAUGUAUCUGUAUCUAUCUAUCUUCAUGUAAAUAGGUAGAUUAAAUGGUUUCUUCAAUUUAUAUUAGCAGCUGUACUAGCUUCUACAUCUGGAUCCAUGCCUUAUUCCCAUGAAGCCCUUUGAAGAAAUCAAUGAAUUGUAAAUGCCAUAAAAGUUGUCUGGAGGAAAGUCAUCUUUGUCCAUUUGUGUAAAACACAACUUUGAAUCUUUAAAAUAUCAAAAGAGCUCUUGAAAAAAAAUAUAACUUUUCUUACAUGUAUAUCAAAAUUGGGAAUAUUAACACUGACAAAAGUGUGGUUAUAAUGAAAAGCUCAAAUGUUGAAAUGUGAAUUCUUUUAAGAUACAUCAGGCUCUCUCUAGAAUAAGCAAUGAAUAUCCAUCUCCUCAAUUCUACCAGAAUUCAUGAUUUGCAGAAAUAUAUAUUCCUGCCAUUGAACUAUCUAUUCAUUUGCAUUUUGCUGAGGCAUGUUAAUUUAUUUAGCAGCACCUGUCUCUGAAAAAUAAUGUUCAGAAGGGAUGUUUCUAAUGCUGCAAAUAAAAGACGCACCUUAAGAACCUAAACUCCAAAGGGGAGCUACUCGUGCUUAUUCAGACUUUAUGAAAGUGCUCUAAAUUCUUUUCUAAAAAACCAAAAAUGCCUUUGCAGGAUAGCUUGUAGACUCUGAGUCAUUCAUCCAGAUGUUCCCUAUAAGAUGUGGGCAGUUAAAAACCAGAAAGAGGGAGCUUUUGAGUGUUAACAUAACUGAAAAUGGGGUAGAACAUUUAAUGGCUGAGGAUAUAGGCUUAAUAGUAGGUUCAAGCUCUCUGUAGCUGCACCAAUUCAUUUUUAUGUGAGCUGCUUUUGUGUUCUUGUCUCUUAGAUAUAUAGAAGUGGAUUUACAACAAUAUUCUGGGCAUGGGCUGAAACUGGCAAGCCAUCACAAAAUAUUUAUAACUUUAAAGCUCUUGUGUCUUAAUAACAAGAACCAUUUUAUAGUUGUUAUAUCCUUAAUCUCAUACCUACUAACAUACUGCAUUCCUGUUUCUGAAUCAAAUAAAGCCAAGGACUUCUCUCUGACUCUAUAACUUUAUUGAGGCAGUCCUAGGAACCAGUUCAACUCUGCUCUAACACAUGAAAAUCCAACUGUUUUUGUUUGGUUUUUUAGUAUUAUUAUUAUUUAUAGUCAUUUUUUUUUCCAUUCUGGCUCCCAAAUGUCUAUUUAAGAGGAGACUUAGUAGAAGGGUGGGAAGUGAUUCAUCAUUCUGUAAGCCAGGCUCUUCAUAGAGUGGCACUGACAUCACAAUUGCCAGUGUUAUGCCUUUUUUUUUAUUAUUAUUAUUACUUUUCUUAGUGCUGCUCAGAGCGAGCUUCAUUUUUCUUCCUGUUGUAGAAGAUAACAGGACAGCCAGAUUCUUCUGUGAUGCUAGAUUCAGAUUGGCUAAACAUGGGAGAAAAUAUUCAGCUAUUCCCAAUAGGUUGAGACAGGGAUCUGGUUGAGUCCCAGGGUCAGAAGAAUGUUCUAAGGGUACUUGUUUUUUCUAAGUCAGAGCCCUUGGAUAGGCCAGCAGAAAAUCAACACCUAAUUCUGAUGGCCCUUAAUGUUCCUUAAGUUUCCAUGUUUUUUGCUGUAAGAGGGAAGAGCUGAAACUUUCCAUUUGUCACCUCCCUAGUCUCAGAGCAAAGAAAUGAUUAAAGGCACAGCAUCCAAGGUAAGAUUGGUAAGGGCAAAGUUUCAAGUGUUGAAAAUCCCCAAAUUGAAACUGGUAUGCAUAUUAAUGAUGGAGAAUCAUAAAUUCAGUCCACUGUGGAUGGCCAUAAUUACAUCAUUGUGGCUUGAAGACGACACCCAACAUGACUAUAAAUAAGAAAAUUUUGAAUUCUCUACCUAACUUUUGAUGCCAUAAAAACCCAGUGUGGGUUCUGGUCCAGGUCAUAUCCAAAGUUUUUGACAAUUAUUUAGCUAAAAAUUCAAGAAGGCCCAUUCACUAUUUUUUUUUGUUCCUGUAUAUUUUGUUGAGAUUUUUCCCAGUUGUCUUUUUUCUAUUGAGUUCCCCUAAAAUAGUUCAUUAAACUUGCUUAUUGUCUUUGAAAUUGAUAGAACACUGGAAUCAGGAAGACCCGAGUUUGAAUCCUGCCUGCAUCAAUGUCAGGAUUAAGUGGAAAUACACAGGAUGUCCCAGAAGUCUUGUGUCAUUCACAGCAUUAAGAAUUUUGAGACUCCUUGUAUUUAAAGUGUUUGGCAAACAUUAAAAUGAUAUAUAAAUCCUAGCCAUUUCAGGCAUGAAAAACCCAACAUCAAUUUUAUUUCCCCCCCAAAUGUUAAUAAAUCCAGACUUCCAUAUAACUUCUUCAUAUGGGAUGUUAUACUUUAUUCAAUGAGUGCUUACAGGGCAGAACACUUUCCUAAGUGCAAUUUUUAUGUAUAAUAGCUACUCCCACCCCCAAACAACAGCAUUUCCUACAUCAAAAUCUAAUGUCUUCCUUAUCUUCCUGGAAAAUAAAUAUUGCUUUUGAAAGAAA